AUGGAGAUUAAAUUGGUACAAGAAACCGCUCGAGCCAAUGCUGCCGAAGAUCGCCUGGCUGCGGAAAUAGCGACUCGAGCUUCCUUAGAAGGACGACUCCAGUCCCUGCAAUGUCGCUACGAAGUAUUAUUGCGCGAUACACUGCCGCCACUUAAGACCCACGCAUCACGUAUGGACCGUGAUCAACCUUCACCUAUUAAUUCUGAAAACCUUUCGAUUAAUCCGGCUCAUCAAGAAGCUCAAGCGCCACUUCCGAUCUAUAAUUUUGUGCCACCGCGCACCCAACGGUCGCCAGCAUUGACAAAAAACACACCACCACCGCAAGAUUUAGGUUCAUCUCCAGGACUAGCUCUAUCUUAA